AGAAGGAGGCAGCUCACGGCAAUACAAGGACCCCGCGAUCUUUAAGUGCUUCUUUUGCCUGGAUAGGAGAGAAAGUUUCAUGGCAUAAGCCCUCCAGCGAGGGGACUCGGACCUCUGGGGCAAUUCUCUGCUGCUCUUCUAGGUGAGGCUGGCAAGUUCUGGGGGAAGGCCAAAGAAGGUUCUGAGUUGGGUCGGGUGAGCAGGGCCUCCACAGACUUCUGCUACCAUGGACUGGAAGACCUUACAAGGCCUGCUGAGUGGGGUGAACAAAUACUCCACAGCAUUCGGACGCAUCUGGCUCUCCGUUGUGUUUGUAUUCCGUGUCCUGGUUUUUGUAGUAGCUGCUGAGCGGGUUUGGGGGGAUGAGCAGAAAGACUUUGACUGUAACCACCGGCAGCCCGGUUGCACGAAUGUCUGCUAUGACCACUUCUUCCCCAUCUCCCACAUCCGCCUUUGGGCCCUGCAGCUCAUCUUUGUCACCUGCCCCUCACUGCUGGUCAUCAUGCACGUGGCCUAUCGUGAGGAUCGUGAGAGAAAGAAUCGUGAGAAGAACGGAGAAAAUUGUCCCAAACUCUAUAGCAACACAGGAAAGAAGCAUGGUGGCCUUUGGUGGACUUACCUCUUCACCCUCUUCUUCAAGUUGGUCAUUGAGAUUGUCUUCCUCUACAUCCUUCAUAGAAUAUGGGACAGUUUCGACCUGCCACGUCUGGUCAAGUGUGUAGACUUGCCCCCGUGCCCAAACAUUGUGGACUGCUAUAUUGCACGGCCUACUGAGAAAAGGGUGUUCACCUACUUCAUGGUAGGGGCGUCUGCCAUCUGCAUCGUUCUCACCGUGUGCGAGAUCUUCUACCUCAUCUUCAAGCGGGUUGUCCGCUCAGCGCAGAAGUGGAAGAAGAACAAGAAGUCCCUCUCUUACAGCAAGGCAUCUACCUGCCAGUGCCAUCUGCGAUUGGAGCAACAGCUGGAUGGAAAAGCCAGCCUUCUCCAAGAGAAUCAAGUCCUUGAUGUCCAAAACCCAAAGUCACAUAAAUCAACUGGAAAAAUCUGUGGAUCUGCUACCAAACUUUCACUUGAAGGGGAUUCAAGGAAAGACAAUAUCUGAGACAUGCUGAUGGAAGUCAAAAGAGUUGCCAUGAAAGCCAAAUUUAUUGUAAGAAGGAGAGGGCGGACUCGUCACUACACAAUCUAUGCUUGUGUUCAAUGAGUGUAAACAGAAUUAGAUGCCUCUUCAGGGAUUACUCAAGAGCAAGCCCCUUAUUUCUGAACUGUCUACAAACCUUUUGUAUGCAAGACCAUGGUUUCACCAAAAGAAAGGAUUAUGAGUCAACACUUUGCUGUGCUUUCUUGGGAGGAAAUAAACUCUCCAAUCUGUGGUAGACAGAAGCACCCUGGGAAAGAAUGAAGAGUUUACUCUGGUAGCAGUCAAACUUGCCUCUGGAAACUGAGCCUAAAGUGAAAUUUGAAAUGAAUUUGGGAUGUUCCUCGUCAGGGGAAAUAGGGUUGCCUAGAGAAUUAAUGUUCUGUCCCUUUAGUAGAGAUUUAAUUGGAUGUUAUUUAUCAGGUGAUGUUAUUUACCUCCAUGUCAAUGAAAAGCUUCAACUGCCCAUUUCUACAUAUUAAGCUGUAGUUAAGAGUACUGGAUAUUUUUCUAGGAUUGUCAGUGCCCAAGUGAUGGUAGGGGAUCAUGUGCUGUCCACUUUGCAACAGUGAUGAAAGAAAAGUAAAAAUGGCUGCCAAGCCAAUGGUGUAACCUCACUUCUAGGAAAAACCUGGACGUGAUAUGAGUCCUCUCUGGGAAUGUGGAAGCUCUCUAGUAAAACCAUAAAAUUGCCACAUGGCAGCCUACAUUUUCCCCAAGCCUGCGGACAACCCUAGAAGCUGAAUUACUUUAGAUAACAAUGAGAACAUCCAGGAGGACAGGGGGUGUACACAUCUUGAGGCAGCAAAAGCGUUGCCAUAAAGUGACACUUGGAUGUUCCUCCAUCAACAAAACCUUUGAGGUACAGGCAGGAUAGGCAACAAAGGUGUUGAUGAAACUACAGAAAUUUACAGUGCAAUUUUUUAAGAAGUAACACUCUUCCAAGCACAUUGAUUUCAAUGGAAUUGAGAUGCAUAGUUCUGCUUAAGAUGGCAUUGCUGUUCUUUUCCGGACAACUAGCCUGUGAGCAAAGUUUAUUCUCUGUGGUAAGCACUUCUCUUUUAAAAGAAUGAGGCACCAUUGCUGUCUGACAGAGCAGGGAUGUUAACACACCGAGGUCUAGUAAAACUGGAACAAUUGUUCAUGUGAACAGUGAGGAAACUCCCAUCUCGCUCUAAAAGCCGUGCAGGGUCAUUGUGCUACUCUUGAUUGUGCUACUCUUGAUCAUCUCUGAGAAGGAGAAAAGAGGAACCCCAUUUUAGAAAAGGGCGUUGACCAUUACGGCACCCAGGUCCCACAGUUGCAAAGCAAGUCCAACAGAAUGGCUAAACAUUUGAGCCAGAAAGUUCUUGCUUCGAAUCUCACCACUACUAGAAACUCAGUAGGUAGCUUGGCCAGUUAAAAAUGCUGAGUGUCAUACAGCUGUUUCUUGUCCUGUUAUGUGGAGCUAGUAGGGUUGUCAAGCCAAGACAUACAUUUGGUGGGAAGGUGGGGGACAGAGGAAAGAGAGCAUGCAACAUCACUACAUCACUUCUGAGGAAAAUCGCAGAAGUAACUAGAGGAGCUCUAGAAAUUUACUUCCUACCAAUUUCUAGAGCUACCGUACAAUCACUUCUGGGUUUUCCCCACUAGUGACUUAGAGAUGCAGCUGACAUCAGAAGCGUAGCAAGGGGGAAAGCGCCCAGUGCACUAGUGUGUCUUCUGCCCCCAUCCUGCCCCAUCCUGCCCCUGCCACACCCUCACCAUGCCCCCACAGGGGUGCGCAUCCCCCGGCCCCCUUGGAGCUAUGCCUCUGGCUGAUAUUGCUGCGUUGUUUCUCUCACCAGCACUCAGAGUGUCAGCAAGCAAAGCGGGCUACCUGCAGAAGGCCUUCCUCUAUAGCAGGAGGCCUGGCAGCCCCAGGUUUGAUGUCAAUAGAGAAUGGCAGUGCUCUGGCCCUAUCUGUGGCCAGCUCCAUCAUCUCCCUAGUAGAGUCCUUUGUGCAGCAGACAGAUCGGCCAGAUAUUUUUUUAAUCAGCCCAGGGCAAUUUGCUUUUAUUUAUAUAUGGCAUGAAAAAAAUUCAGGUUUACAAAUUCCAGCAUGCCAACGAAUUACCUUUUAUGAUGGAUGAAGCACAAAACAAAGGUCCAUCUAAAAUGUGCCAUGUGUACCAUUCAAAAUGUAUUCAGAAGAAGCUCCUCAGCUGACACAGAUUGUUGCUUCAGCAUCUUGAAUACUUCCUUUGGAUCCCUAAAACAAAACCUUUGUUUGUUCACCACCCAUAUUAGCUGACACUCUGUUGUCCGUACCUUGGUAAGUGUUCAAACAACAGGGGAGUGUUAUGAUCAUGUUUCCCCGAAAAUAAGACCUACCCUGAAAAUAAGCCCUACCAUGAUUUUUCAGGAUUUUUGGAGGAUGCUUGAAAUAUAAGCCCUCCUCCAAAAAUAAGCCCUACUGGUAGUUACAGAUCACAAAUCAGACAAUACCCUGUGCUCUCUGCCAAUGAGGAUGCAGCUUGUGUCACACGUGACGGGGAAGCAACGGGUUGCCAAGACCCCGGCUUAAUAAAUUGUGAAGGUACCGUAUUUCCCCGAAAAUAAGUCCUAAUGCAUCUUUUGGUGCAAAAAUUAAUAUAAGACUCUGUCUUAUUUUCGGGGAAACACGAUAUGUUAGCUCUUACCUUCUGAGCUCUGUUCUAUCAAGAAUAUCCAAAGGUUCCCUUUUCUUGGUAUUCUGCCAUGAGAUUUAUUAGGGCAAGAGAAGGCAAGGCAUUGAGUGACCUACCAUCCUGGAGUCCCGCCCAACACUGUUCUCAAACAUAUAUUGAGUCAGGCCACUUGUCUGUUUAGCCCAGAGUUGCAUGCUAGGACUGGUCAAGUUGUUAAGAGACAUUCCUUUCAUUUCUCUUUAGCCACUUUUUCCCUGCAAUCAGGCAAUCCAUUUCUUCUCUAUUUAGGAUUCUGGGGUUUGUUUCAAAGCAAUUUCAUACUAAUCUAGAGAAAUUUGAAAGGUGGGGGGUGCAGGAAGGAAGGUUCUAAAAAUGUUAGAAUUCCAUUCCACACAUUUUCAUCCAAAAACUUACUACCCUCUUAUUAGAGCACCCUAUAGGGUACAACAUUCCAGCACAGAAUGAAAUUAGAGUGGGGUACAUAGAAACAUGACAGCAAACGGCAAAGAGCCAUUCUUCUUUGAAAAGAGAAUAAAAGGGAUCAGUUGCUAUAUCUUAAAAAAAGGGAAUUGUAGAUAAAGGAAUUCUGUUCCCCUAACAACACUAAUAGGGUCUUGGGAAGAGUUCUUUUUCAUCCCUGUAACCUGUGAGCCUUUCUUUGGAGACGACAAGGAUUGAACCUGAGAUUUUCUGCAUGAAAAGCGCCAGCUUAUCUACUAGCAUCAUAGCCUUUUUUUUCCAGAGGCAUCAGGCUCUUAUCUGACCCAGAAAGACUACCACUUAGCCACAACCAUGGUGCUGUCCUUAGCACCAAUCUCCGGCCCACAGAACCAGUGAACCAAGCAUUCAUUAGGGAACAAGGAAACCCUGCCCAGCUAUUAAACUUUGUUUGAUCAAGAUUUCAUGCUUGUAAACAUUCUUUCCGCAGUGAUGGAAAGAAAAGCUUAUCUUUAUUCAUUGAGUACAUUCAGCUUUCUAUUGCCAGAAUUUAUCAUCACUCGUAGCCAAACAGCAACAUUAACAGUUGCAAUUGUUUCUAUAAUCACCAACCACUUUAGCAACCCAAAAUUUUUAACAGAACAAUCGCUUCUGUGAUAAAUACUGCAACCUUAGCAUGCUCUUUACAAUAGGUACAGAAUAAUAAUUAACAGGAUUUUUUAAAAAGGACAUGAAGAAUAAGAAUGUACGUUCUCUUUCAGCAGGACAAAACAGGAUCUACUAAUAAGCAGAGGAAGGAGAUGGGAACAGGGGUGCCAACUCCAGAUUGGGAAAUUCCUGGAGAUUUUGGGUUUGGGGAAGGGAGGAGCUUGGCAGGGAUGUGAUGUCAUAGCGUGCACUCUCUGAAGUUACCAUUUUCUCCCUGGGGACUGAUCUCUGUAGCUUGGAGAUAUAUUUCCAGAAAAACUGAAGACCCUACCUGGAAGUUGGCAACCUCAGGCGGGAGUAUGGCCCACCGAAACACCUCUACAAUUCUGCAUAGAUCAUUUAAAUCUUGAACCUGCUUUUCUGAGCAAAAUUCUCAACAUUUUUCCCCUGCUUCCGUGCCUUUAAUUACCAGCUUAAUGUAACCUUUGUUCCAAAUCUGGAAUUUUCGCGUACUAUAUUUCCAAAUGCCACUCAAGAGACAGGGAGGCACAGUUCCUAGAAGGGUGGUCUGUGGAAACAACCGUUUGAAGCCUUUCUCUACCAUGGGUGUGGGUGACCAUAGGCUACUCAUUCAGCUUGACCUAUUUCAUGGGGUUGUGGUGAGAAUAAGAUGGAGAAAAGGUCAUCAUGUAUACCACCCUCGCCUCCUUGAAAGAAGGAAGGCAUAAUAGGAGAAGGGACAGCUAGAAAGGUAACCCCAAUGAGCUUGCAUUCCAGAGGUAGAAUGAAACCUAGCCUUAAGGGACAGAAAAAAUGGUGACUAUCAUCCUGAGUCUAUGAUCCAUUUGUCCUGGACUGUCCCCACCCUCUUAGAUAAACAGUGUGGUAUGUUUGGCACUUUCUCUGUCCAGGAAGUUCUUGCUCUUAUUUUUUGUGUGCUGUGACUGGGUUCAUUCCCUGCUGAAAACAAAGAGAGCACUGAAUAGACCUGUUCUUCAAAGGACUUAAAAACAGGUUGCAACUUCUCCAUGAGAAAGUUUUUUAAAAAGACCAUGAAUCAAUGUGACUUUUUAAAUGCAUUCCCCACAAGCAAAUGGAAUGAAGGAUGGGCGGCCAAAGGAGCAAGCUCAGGGAGAAAAAACUUUGGUUGAAUCAAGUCUAGGCAAGGACUGUCUGGGAGCAGAAGUUGAACCAGAUCAGGUGCAGGAACACAAGAAUCUGGAGGGAGGGAGGGAAGGAGGGGGCAGGCAUGAUGUAAAAGGCUCAAGAAAACAGAGGCAAGAAAUGUUAGCAGCCUGAACAGCCCAGCUUGUCAGAGACUGGGAGCUAAGCGCCUGGUUGGUACUUGGAUGGGAGACCACCAAGGAAGUCCAGGGGCUGCUAUGCAAAGGCCUGAAACACCUGUUGUUGGAGCUGCCAUGAGUCAGUUGUGUGCCUAUUGGAUCUGGGGUUCCCCAGAGCCACACAAGAUGUAGGCUUUCUUGCAUGGGUGGUGCAUGAUUAGGAUCAGGACCAUGGGACACAUGAAGAAGGGGCUUUGCACUGUUUCCAUAACCUGAAAGUUCCAUGUGUACCUUCAGAUACAGGUCGGUUUCCCAAACAGGCACAUUACCCUGCCACCGCAAGACUGUGUCAGGCUAGGAAAAUGGGGCAGGGGGAAGGCUGAAACCCCUUCUCCAAGAGGACCAUGAUCCCAGCCAAAAUCCGGCACCACAUGCCCAGGAACUGAAGAGAGCUCUCACCUCAUGACUGAGGCUGACGCAGGGUGGGGACUCAGUAAGGUGUAAAGAAUGUUCUAGAAAGCAAGCAAAGUAUGUUCAGGGAACUAGUAACCCUGUUCAGUUGGUGUACACCACUUUUAGGGGACAUGUACAAUAUAGAAACCCUGAACUUAAAUUUAUAUAUAUAUAACAGACACCUUUUUUGUUUUAAUUUUCAUUUUUAUGCCAAAUAGCUUUCCAGAAAUACCACACCAGAAGAAACCCAGAUUCCAUCAUUAUGAGUUCUGCUCCAGCAACCUCUAAGCGCCGCACAUCAGCAUCUUAGUCACUGAACAAAUAUUUUAUUUGCAUAGUGAACUGUGUAAUGCAAAAGGUCAAAUAAAUGUUACUUUGUUUGUA